UCCGCAGGGAAAGCUACAGCGGAGCAUAUUUUGCCGGGAUGUUCCGUGUUGCCAAUUUGGAGUUCAUCCCGGAGUACCGCCAGGCAGAGUCCCAUGAGUUUGUAUCUAUGGCAACCAAAAUUCAACAUGUGGUAAGCAGUGUGUACAAGAUGUCCUCGGUGGCCAGACUCUACAAACAAGCUGUCAUUUCAGACCUCAGUAACAACAAUAAGGGGGGAGUGUUGGUGCAUUUCUGGAUGGUGUUUAUAGUCCCCCAGCUGAAAACCACAGCCUUGUGUGAGCAGUGCAUAGAGGCCAUUCUCAGAGACUCCAUCUACACCAGCCUGAAGAACAGGUCUUCUGUGGGCUACCUGCUGGGACUUCCAGUGGAUAUGGACUCCAUCCUCAUUAACAGGGUUCAGCGUACAGAUUUCUCAUCAAACACAGCAGACUCCCAGUGCGUAGAUAAGCUGUAUGCCAACCUUCCCGAGGUCAGCGUCCCAUUAAACGUCUACUCAUCAUGGGGAGGUGUGAACUGCCAUGUGAAGCUCACCUCACUUGCCGGCUCUCUCAUCCGCCUAACUGUUACCUCAUUCCUCAUUGAACCCACUGACUGUGUGAACGACGGCCUGACGGUGUACGAUGCUCUGCUGCCCAUGAGAGGGCGCAUUCUGCACAGGCUGUGUGCGCCAGUGUCCAGCUCCUUCUCCAUUGUCUCUACCUCCAAUGUCAUGUUGCUGUCCUUCAGGAUGACCAGUGGCAACAAGAGUUUUAAAGGGCACUUUGAAGCCAUUGCUGAGGAGAGUUGUAUGUCUCAAAUUGAGACCAAAUCAGAGCCUGACAUCAGCGGUCAAAUCUACAGCCCUUUCUACCCGAGCCUGCUGCCUCCACAGUGUUCCUGUAGCUGGACGUUUAAGACCCCAAACUCAAAUUUAGGCGUAGCGCUGCAGUUCCAGAACUACGUGUUGAAACAGAAGGACAUGAAAGGCUGCAAUGAUGGCUGGUGGAAGGUCAAUAAAGUCAUCUUCUGCGGCAUGUAUGUAGGAUACCACACCGUGUUUCGGAUCCCCAGCCACAGCCCAGAGGUAGAGUUUCGCUGCAGCUCGCAAAAUUCUGCCCAACCUUUUCAGGCUUCUUACACCAGUUACAACAUCAGCCAGCCAUGUCCAGAGGGACAGUUCUUGUGCACCACUGGGCUCUGUGUGAAUAAGAGUCAACUCUGUGAUGGCGUGGAUGACUGCCAGGAUGAGAGCGAUGAGGACUUCUGCUCAAGGCCCACAGUAACUUGCGGCACUAAGAGUCCUCCACACCCUUUGCUUGUAUGUAAUGGAGAGAUGGACUGCACUGAUGGAGCAGAUGAGAUCAACUGCACUCAGGAAACAAGCUGCUCUGCGAUCAGUUACCAGUGCAGGAGCGGAUCCUGCAUCCUGAAGAAGAAUGCAAAGUGUGACGAUAUUCCUGACUGUCGAGACAACAGCGAUGAGAAGGAUUGUGCCUGUGGUCGUCAGUCCCCGUUUAAGAAGGUGGGCUCCACCACAGGGCUUGAUCGUAUUGUGGGCGGGGCUAACUCUGUGGAGGGGGAGUGGCCUUGGCAGGUCAGCCUUCACUUUGCCGGUAGCUUGUACUGUGGCGCCUCCGUCCUCUCCUCUGAUUGGCUAAUCUCAGCUGCCCACUGCUUCAGCAAAGAAAGGCUCUCUGACCCUCGAUACUGGAGUGCCCACCUCGGCAUGCUGACGCAGGGCAGUGCCAAACAUGUUGCGGAGAUCCAGAGGAUCGUGGUGCAUGAGUACUACAAUGCGUACACUUUUGACUAUGACAUCGCCCUACUGAAGCUGAAGAAGGCCUGGCCGCCCUCCCUCAGGCCUCUGGUCCAGCCUGUGUGUCUGCCCCCCUCCUCCCACACCGUCACAGACAGACACCGCUGUUUGGUGACUGGGUGGGGAUACCGAUCUGAGGAAGAUAAGGUGCUGCCAUCUGUGCUCCAGAAAGCAGAGGUGUCCGUAAUGAGCCAGACUGAGUGCAAGAAGAGCUACGGCCCCAUUUCCCCACGCAUGCUUUGUGCUGGCCUCCCUUCGGGAGAGAGGGACGCCUGUAGGGGGGAUUCAGGAGGUCCUUUGUCCUGUCAAGCCUCAGACGGGGAUCGCUGGUUCCUCAUAGGGAUUGUGAGCUGGGGGUCAGGCUGUGGCAGACCUAACCUACCCGGGGUUUACACCAGGGUCACCAAGUUCACCUCCUGGAUCAACAGCCACAUCAGCUGACACGAUUAAACCAAUGUAUAGUGUUCAUUAAUAAAAAAAAUUACGCAG